UGUAAUGCGAAUCGCGCUCAAAAUUCUACCUAUCAGAAGAAAGUCGAUGUCGUCAUGAUGCUUUAUAUUAGUGUCGAGUAACCGUCCUCAAAGGGCCAGAUGCGAUUCGAUAUUGUGUCUGCUGUAUUGCAUCUUACAUCUCUCUAGACAACAGCAAGCUCCGCCAAUCGAACUAUGCAGGCAAUCCGGAACCUUUUCAAGAACGACCUCGUUCUGGUCGGCACAAACCUCACCGUAGUAGCCGGCGUUGCGACUUAUCUAGGCUCUCGGGUGGAGAAGAAACUGGACCGCAUGGAAGAGGAACAGGAGGCGCGCAUGGACGAGAUUGAAGGAACACUACGUGGCCAUAUCGGCUUGAUUGAAGACUCGUUGGACAGGAUCGAAGGCAAGCCGAAUGCUGGGAAGCAAGACAAGUUGUACAACGAGAGGACAAGAGACGCGAAGGGAGGUGAUACCGGACAGGGCAAAUAAGGUGGAGCCUGGGGCUGACAAGGAUCAGCUGUUAGCUUCCGUUCCUGCAUACCAGCGCGAGUUGUAGUUUGACCUUUGACAAAAUACACGACACCACCACUUGCACGAAUCACUUUGCAUAUUCUCUUUGUGAAUAGCAUAACAUCGCGCCUGUUGGCUAUACAUUCACGCGACUGCGCCAAAAUGCCUGCGCCAGCCUCCAACAAGCGCGUCAAGUAAUCGGUUCCGAAGCCUGGCAGUUGCCCCCAGUAGGCCACCCCGACCGCCCCAA